GGGGGCUCCGGAGAGGAGCGAACGCCCAUGGUGAGGAUGGUGUUGGACAGCGUGGUCCGCAACGUGAAGGUGCAGCUUCCCGCGUAUCUUAAGCGGCUUCCAGUCCCCGAGAGCAUUACCAGGUUCGCCCGGCUCACAGUUUCAGAAUGGCUUCGGUUAUUGCCUUUUCUUGGUGUCCUUGCACUACUUGGCUACCUUGCAGUUCGUCCAUUCCUCCCGAAGGAAAAACAACAAAAGGAUAGCUUGAUUAAUCUUAAAAUACAAAAGGAAAAUCCCAAAGUGGUAAAUGAAAUAAACAUUGAAGAUUUGUGUCUUACUAAAGCAGUUUAUUGUAGGUGUUGGCGUUCUAAGAUGUUCCCUGUUUGUGAUUGGUCACAUAAUAAACACAAUGAAUUGACAGGAGACAAUGUGGGCCCACUAAUACUGAAGAAGAAAGAAGUAUAA